AUCAAAAGAACCCAUAGUUCAGGGUGAUCUCAAACCUAAAGCCCAUUGUAAAAUCUCUAACAAAAACCCUACAUCACAAGCAGCUAUAGAAAGAGCUUGAGCAAGAGUGAGAAAGCUUUACAACGCAAACUUAACCAAGAAUUAAUCUUUCUGAAAAAAUUAAGUGAUAAUGGCAUCAGUAGAUAAUAUCAUCGAUGUUCCUGAGCUGUGCUUACUUACUGGCAUUUUGAUUCUUUGCACGGUUGUUUUAUCAGCUAGCUCCAUUCGAUCCGACGAAGAAAAAGAAGAAGAAGAAAGUUACUAUUCAAGAAUUUAAUGAUGAGAAUGUGGAACCAUUGAAUGAUAAGAUGGAGAACAUGACAGUUUCUGAUGGAGCUGAAACAUCUUUAGCUGGAUUGAAAAAGAAGAAAAAGAAGCAAGUUGACCCAAAUCUAUAUAAUGAUGAUGUUGGUGAAGAAGGAGAUGAUAAUGAAGGUGAAAUUGGAGAAGAUGAACAAGGGGAUGAAAGUGAAGAGUUGCAAUCACCUCAAUAUCCCUGGGAGGGGACUCUAAGAGAUUAUGUGUAUGAUGAACUUCUAGGAAGGGUGUUCAAUGUCCUUCGUGAGAAUAAUCCAGAACUAGCUGGAGACAGACGUAGAACGGUUAUGAGGCCCCCACAAGUGAUGCGUGAAGGAACCAAAAAGACUGUUUUUGCAAAUUUCACAGAUCUUUGUAAGAUGAUGCAUAGGCAGCCGGAGCAUGUAAUGAGCUUUCUACUAUCCGAGCUGGGAACUAGUGGCUCUUUGGAUGGACAACAGCGUUUGGUUGUCAAGGGAAGAUUUGCUCCUAAGAAUUUUGAAGGGAUAUUGAGAAGAUAUGUCAUGUGUGUAGAUGAAUAUGUUAUUUGCAAUGGUUGCAAGAGUUCGGAUACCAUUCUUUCAAAGGAAAACCGUCUGUUCUUUCUCAGAUGUGAACAGUGUGGUUCCGCGCGGUCUGUAGCGCCGGUUAAGCUUGGGUUUGUUGCUCGUGUUGGACGCCGGAGUGCUUCAUGAUUGUGGACUAUGCUCCUCUGUCUGUAUUACAGUGCACGUUGCAUGAGUUUCAAUAUAUAUUCUCAUUUUUUGGUAAUAAAAGAGUAGAUGUGAUAUUUGAUAAUUAGGUGGUCAAAUAAACUCAAUCUUUAAAUAUCAUAAAGUUUAGAGCUUCCUGUAACCAAUAGAGGAAAGUAAAUAGAGGCCCUGAUUUGUAGAUUUGACAAUUGUAUACUUCGAAAUUACAGGAAUUCAAUUGUGUUACGAAAUUGGCUGAACUUUUCCUCUUUA